AUUUCGUUCAAGUUGAACGUUUUGUUUACGGCAUUACACGUUUCGUGUCUCAGCGACUUAAAAAAUGCGUUACGUGGCCGCGUAUUUACUGGCUGUGCUCGGAGGCAAGGCUGCCCCGGCCGCCGCUGAUGUGGAGAAGAUCCUCAGCUCCGUGGGCAUUGAAGCCGACGGAGAGAAGCUGAAGAAGGUCAUCUCUGAACUCAACGGCAAGACUGUCGAAGAGCUGAUCGCUCAGGGUCGCGAGAAGCUGUCCUCCAUGCCUGUGGGAGGCGCCGCAGCCCCCGCCGCGGCCGCCGCCCCUGCUGCUGCUGCUGCCGAGAAGAAGGAGGACAAGAAGGAGGCCAAGAAAGAGGAGUCGGAGGAUGAGGACGAGGACAUGGGCUUCGGUCUCUUCGACUAGACAAAACAUGUGGGGUGAACUCGCAGUGCGCGGUUAUUUUCCAAUAUUUUGUUGUAAGCAUAACAUAGCAAGUAUGUUUCUAUGAAAUAUAUUUGUUAUAC